AUGACGUCAUGGAGGCCUCGCUCCGGGCAGGUGACGGACUCGAUCAGGGAACUGAUUGAUCUCACCAUCAUGAGCUCCUCUCCAACAUCCGGUUACUCGGUCAUGAUCAACGUAACCGCAUGGUUAAUUGUGUGCCUGCUGUGCCCCGUUCAACCGAGAGCACAGCCGGGGACGACCUCCAACAUCAAGCACAUUGUGGUGGGAAGGUGCUACGAUUACAUCACGCUAGUUAACCCCGGCUUGAGGCUGGACUGCGAGGACAUCUGGAGAUUGUUCGAGGAGUCGGUUGUCCGUCAGUCCUCUUUCAACACCUCGCUGGAUUAUCAUCAGAUGUUUUCUGCGAUUCCGCAGACGUGGCCUCGCGAUAUGGGCCUCUUCUGGAGUAAAACCAGGACGCUGAUGCACAGCUACACAGCCGUUGAACGUCACUUCUGGACCCUGGAGGACACGCUGGUCGGCUACAUGUUCAACGGCCUCGUCUGGUGUGGACAAGAGGACGACUCUGGUUUCAACUUCCGGUCUUGUCCGACGUGGGCGGAGGUCAAACACCACCCGGUGUAUUCCUUGUGGAGGCGAGCCUCGCAGAAUUUUGCAGAAAUGGCGCACGGCAACAUCACCGUAUUACUGAACGGCUCCAUCGGCAACGCCUUCAAUAUGAAAAGCAUGUUUGCAAGUGUGGAAGUGGACAGUCUGGACCCAUGCAGGGUGGAUUAUGUCAACAUCAAGAUGGUGACCAAUCUAGACGGACCUUUCAUAGAAUCAUGUAAUCAAGGAUCUGUCGUAGACCUGAUCAGGAUCCUCCGGUCCAGAGGUUUCCACUGGACCUGCACGGACAACGACGAGACCCUGAUGAUCCUUCAGUGCAUCCAGAACCCCGAACAGUCCUCCUGCCAGAAAUGCGCAAACAGCUUCUCACUCAGAAGGAGCCUCAAGGUCCACUGAAGCCGUUUGAGUCCAUCUGGCAAGCAAAUGAGGUCAGCGAGUUUCCUGCUGGGUUGAACUCGUUCACAGUUACUCCGAAGCAGAAGAUAUCAGCUGACGCGAUGAAGGUCUUCACGGCGCGCCACCGUGACCUGACGUCGGUCCUCUCUGUGUCGAAUUCUAGUUUCAGUUUUGUGCUUGUGACGUAAUUAUUUUUUGAU